AUGGGGGCGUUCAAAAUUUCCUCCACGAUUGGGACCCAAUCUCAGCCAUCAACCGGUCGCCCAUACGAGGUUUGCUCGCUCGUUCAUUCACCCACCGCUUCUGGCCAGGCCAAACAAAAGAUGACAAUUUUCAUCUGGGAAUCAUUCGACAUCGGAACCCCCAAAUUUCCUCAAAAGGCCAGCUUCAUGGACGAUCAAAGGCCCUCCCAGCAAACCAAUUUCCCUCUUAUCCAUCUCAAAAUAAACACUCUCACACGCACCAUGGGCAACACAAAGAAAUCUACUGUGACAGCCCCGUCUUAUCAAAUCAGGCGAAUCGACAACCUGAUUCGAACGUCACCUCGCCCUGUUCGCACUCGCUACCAAGCUCUCAUGGGCCAAGCUAUGGGUAGAGCCCCAUUGUCAAACCCUGCGUUCACCCCGCUCUUCACCAGUGGUUCAACCUUGUCCCCACCUCUCGAGGCUCCCCAUAUCCCUAGAGAUUCAACAUUUAUCCCGCCGCCUGGAAUCCCAUUCCACCCUUUUGCUAAUAGAACCCCGUUGACAAGCGAAUGUGCCAAGUUUUGUCCACCCAGCCUGACCGCUACCUGCUCACAAUCAUCUGUCACGUCGAAUCCCCACAUAAAUCCCUUCAUCUUCGAAGCUUCGAAACACACCUCAGCGUCUUCUUCAACCGCCUGUACCCCUAUGACAACUGCCGCCGACUUGAUCAACCGUGGUUCUCCCCAUAAACGGCCUGCGCCCAUCGAUACUACUGAAGAUACUGCUGAAGACAAUGACGAUGAUGUGACAUUUUUGAUGACCGAUUUGCGGCAGCUGUAG